GUCAUUGCGGGUGUUUCAAACAAGGUUUUACUGUACUUGAUCCAUAUUGACAUUCUACGUGGGCACGUCUAAAUCAUGUGCAAGCCAUUCUUGGUAAAUGUGAACUUGAACCGAGGUCAAAACUCGCCGCGGUGUUUUUUAUUAAUUGCUCGCGAUUUGAUUGCAUUGUUUUGACAAGAGCCGCUUUUAUUGAUGUGAAAAGUGAAAACUUUGGAUUAAGUGGGACGUUUUUUGUUAUAAGAAUGCAAGAAAGUAGGUGGACGUGGAAAUAAUGCCAUCAUCAAAUAAAGAGUACACUGACGUCACUUUUUACAUGGAUGGUGUUUACAACGAGGAAAGAGACCACAUUUGAGGCUGCAAGCCCACAAGUCGUGUUCCUCUGCCAUGAAGGGUUGGUUCGAUGCCUUCCGCUACGAUGGAGGUCCCACUCUUUACAGUUUCAACAACCGAACUGCCGUCACCGGUGACGUGACACUUAUCACAUUCCUCACCAUUUUCAGUACCCUUUAUGUGGCAUUUUUGAUCAUAUUUCCGGGUAUUAGAAAAGAGCGAUUUACCACAUUUUUUGCGGUCACAUUGAGCCUGUUUGUUGGAGCCACCAUUUUAGUGACUCUUUUCGGCUCAGCAUGGCAUGUAGCCACUGCGUCCAUCAUCAGCACUUAUCGGGCGUUUUCCACCGAAAAAGUCUCCUCAAAUAUUGGGGUUUAUGUGGGGCUGAGACAUGUAAAUAUCACUCUCCAAGCGUCCGGUAAUCAUAAUUGGACCAGUGAUAUCGACUUCAAUGAACAGUUUUUGUGGAUCAAUUCCGACCAGAUGGGCGACAGUUUCCGCGAAGCCAUGAUUCGAGGACUCCCAUUUCCCAUCCUGACGGUCGCUGAGUACUUCACGAUGGGCCAGGAAGGGCUGUCGUGGGGUGGACAAUACCGGGCGGCCGGAUAUUAUGCCAUUAUCAUGUUAUGGACGUCCUUCUCAGUAUGGAUUUUGAUGAAUUUGAUGCUAAUUGUGGUGCCACGAUACGGGGCUGUUCUCAUGACAACUUGUGGUUUUUUACUUCUUGCGACAGCUUGUGGCUACUUUGGACUAUUACCCGAGACACCCUUAGUUGUGCAUAUUGAGGGCAGUACUCUCCAUUUUAGUUUCGGAUGGUGCUAUUGGCUAGUCCUUAUUGCAGGGAGCAUUUGCCUAUUGGCUGGUGUCAUAAUAACUGUCCUAGAAAUCAUCUUCCCGCACAGUUUUUCGACCAUUUUGGAGGUGGAUUAUGACACUCCUUAUGACCGGCAUAUAAUUAUUGAAGAUAGUCGAGGAAGGAGAUUUCAGAAGAAGAGGUCGAGUAAUAGCAAGUUGGAGGAACCAGUGGGAAUCGGAACGAAAAUUCUCCGUCGGUUAUCUUCAAAAACGCGUGAAGAAAAACCGAACGAUUUGAUCUCCAACAGCCAUAUUCAAAAUUUCGAGUUGGGGGCAAAAUCGAACUGGUCGUACCCUCAUAAUCAAGACAUCCACAGAAGCAUAUCCCAAGAAUCUAUUACGUCUUCGAGAAAUCUUCCUACAAUUCACAGAGUUAUCCCUAGGCCUGACAAACUACAAGAGGUUUCCAUGUGGUGACAUUCUGUGACUUGAUUUUUGAGUGCAAUUUUUAAAUUUUAAGUGAUUUUUCUUGUGAUAUAUGUAAGAAAGUUGUGUAUAAGUUGCCAUAUUUAAUACGACGUUUACAAAUUAAUGUGACCGAGAAAUUUGUAAAAAAUUUUAUCAAGCGGAUAUUAUUUAUAAUAAACGCAUUUUGCAAA